GACGUCAGCGAUGGUUGUAAUCAGUCACGUGGGCCUCGCAGCUCGGGAUAAAACGCUGCUCAGAACUGGACCGUGUAUUUGGGUCCUCGGAACCCGUAAGAAAUUCUGAUGUUUGUUUAAUUUAAACAUGAUGAGCAAUAAUAAAUAGAGCUGGACGCAUUGAGGACGAAUUAUUUAUCAGCAGAAAUCAGUUCAACAGCUCGUCUUUCCAUCAUCGUGAUCGUAAAGUGGGAAUGGGAAAUGAUGGAGGAUAAAGGGCCCCGUGUAGCCGACUACUUUGUGGUUGCUGGCCUCACCGACUCGCCCAAGCCUCUUGAGGAGGAUUUGCACUUUGACGAUGCUGGCACCAAGUCUGUUAAAUCCAAAGCUCCCAUCACCGAUGUUGCCAUAGUGAUACGCUCCCUCGGUGAGGAGGUACCCCCGGGCUUUACCUGUGUGGAGAGCACCCCCUCAGGCCUGUCCGCUGAGCUCAACGGGGCCAGUCUCCGGGGUCCGCAGAUCUUCUUGUGCUACAAGAGAGGCAGAGAUAAGCCUCCACUGACAGAUCUUGGAGUUCUGUAUGAGUGGAAAGAGAAGCUUAAGCCUGGAUGCCACAUCGUCCAAACCACACCCUCAGGUCGUCCCGCCAACAUCAGCAGCUCGUCCUCUCAGCGCAUCUACGUCACCUACCGCCGCGCACCGAAGAGCCAGCCUCACACCUCCCUGGCUGUCACCGACGUCUGCGUCAUCAUUCCCGCUAAAGGGGAGACCCCUCCUCACACCUUCUGCAAGGUGGACAAAAACCUCAACAGCAGCAUGUGGGGAUCCUCGGUCUACCUUUGCUAUAAGAAGUCUCUAGCUAAAGCAAACACAAUCGCAUAUAAAGCAGGUUUACUGUGCAGGUACCCAGAAGAGGACUACGAGUCCUUCCCCCUGCCUGAGUCCGUGCCUAUGUUCUGUCUGCCCAUGGGGGCGAUGAUUGAGUGCUGGCCAGCUCACACCAAACACUCCCUGCCUGUUUUCUCUACGUUUGUGCUGACGGGGGCCUCUGGAGAAAAGGUGUACGGAGCAGCCAUCCAGUUUUAUGAGCCUUACUCCGAGGAGAAUCUGUCGGAGCGUCAGCGCUCGCAACUCGGCCUGCCAAGCUCCGAUUUUGGACCUGAUGGGACAAGAAAUGUUUAUAACAACAAGAGCAUCUGCUUACUCUCCCACUGGCCCUUCUUUCCAUCCUUCAGAAGUUUUCUCACGUUCCUCUACAGAUACUCCAUCUCUGGGCCACAUGCACUCCCCAUUGAAAAGCACAUCUCUCAUUUUAUGCAAAGUGUGCCGUUUCCCUCCACUCAAAGACCACGCAUCCUUGUGCAGUUGUCUCCACAUGACAGCCUCAUACUGAGCCAACCCGUGUCCUCUCCACUGCCUCUUAGCGGUGGGAGCCUCUCCACUUUACUCCUGAAUCUGGGACCCAAAAAUGCGGUCACUCUGCUGGUUCUGGCUGUCACAGAGCACAAGAUCCUGGUUCAUUCCUUGCGUCCAGCUGUGCUCACCAGUGUCACAGAAGCCCUUGUGUCUAUGAUCUUUCCUUUUCACUGGCCAUGCCCCUACAUCCCUCUGUGCCCACUGGCCUUGGCAGAUGUUCUCAGCGCUCCAUGUCCUUUCAUUGUGGGUUUGGACUCCAGAUACUUUGACCUUUAUGUGCCUCCUGCUGAUAUCAGCUGUGUUGACUUGGACACCAACACCAUCUCCCAAAAAGACGACAAGAAGGCUUUGACUUGGAAAACCCUGCCUCGGAGAGCUUGUAAACAUCUCCUGAAUACCCUGAAUAAGCUCUAUCAGCAGCUCUCAGAGGGUGGUCAUUUAAACCGAGAUGAUGUGCAGAUGGACCACACGGUGACCGACAGCGAGCUGUACGGUGGGAAAAGCCUGCACACUCUGGAGCUGGAGAUCCAAGAGGCCUUCCUCCGCUUCAUGGCAGCCAUCCUGCGGGGCUACCGCUCCUGUCUGCAGCCCAUCACCCAGGCCCCCUCUGAGAAAACCACUGAUGUCACCUCGCUUUUUGAUCUGCAAGGCUUUCUGAAGAGCAGAGAUCGCUCCCAUCAGAGGUUUUACUCCCUCAUGACAAAGACUCAGAUGUUCAGCCGUUUCAUAGAGGAGUGCUCCUUUGUUAGUGAUAAAGAUGCCAGCCUGGCUUUCUUUGAUGAGUGUGUUGAUAAGUUAUUCACUACUGGAAGCAAGAUGGACAGCGAGCGUCAAGAGGACAACAGACUGAUCGAGCUGGACGAGUCCCACCGUAGUGAGCACACGGUCUACAUCAACCCUCCAGAGCUGCCUCCUCUUCCUCAGGGGGAAGAACAUCCUCUGUGCUACAGCUACUCCGGGUUUCCUGUGCUGAUGUCGGAGCUCCUAGAGCCAAUGGAAGGACUAAAUCCCCUGUCAGCUGGCAUUGCUUCACGCCACAGCAGCCCAGCCAGCCCUACGGCCAUCUUCAGACGCUCCAAACAGGAGAUCAAAUCAGCCCAUAAAAUGGCCAAAACACAUUCCUCCGUGCCUCAGAUGUGGUCCAAGUGUCUGCUUCGCCACUGCUACGGCUUGUGGUUUAUCUGCUUGCCCGGGCUUGUGGGUAACUGUCACUCCAAGGUGCGAGCUCUGCGCACAGCUCAUGAUGUGUUGAGGAAGAUGCAGGACAAGAAGCUGCAGGCUCCAGAUGAGGUGUGCUACCGCGUUCUGCUGCAGCUGUGUGGCCAGUUCAGUCAGCCGGUGAUGGCUGUCAGGGUGUUGUUUGAGAUGAAGAAGGCCGGAGUUCAACCAAAUGCUAUAACUUAUGGUUACUAUAACAAGGCGGUAUUGGAGAGCACCUGGCCCUCCACCACCAGAGGAGGCUACUUCCUGUGGGGGAAACUCAGGAACGUGAUCCUGGGUGUCCUCCAGUUCAAGCAAGCAGGGAGAAAGCUCCAGACUCCUCACAGAGACCCACAGCUUUCAGACGGCAGUGACCUGGACACGGUCAGUCAUGGCAGUCUGGACAGCGCCAAUGAUUCCGCUGAGCGCACCUCCAUCGACACAGACUUCACUAAAAUGGACUCGAGUGAUGAUGGAUUUAGCACAGGUGGACAGUCGGAUCAAGGCUACGACUCCCUGUCCAAAGAGGAGGAGAGGGUGUGCAGCAGAGAGAUGGACGCCUCGGCAUCGGGCGAAGACAAAGGCUCCAGACAGUCUAGCAGCGGACACAGGGUGACUUUGGGUCCAUCUGGGGACAAUCCUCCAUGUGCAGAGAGGCCCAGAUUCCUGGACUUGUCUGGAGGACAGGGAUUUGUGAGGCUCACCGUCCCUCUCCUCAGUGCUGCCAAGCAGAAUCAGCUUUCCACUGACAGACUAGGUGGAGUGGAGGAGGAGGAGACAGAGACUGAUAAACAGAAACCUCUGGUGGAAAAUGGUGGGAUCUCCAUUGAUGGGACAGAGAGGAGGGCCGGUGUUGAGACGAGGUUCGAUCCCCAGAUGGUGACAGAGUGUGACCAGGACAGCAGCCGCUCACCUAGCACCAACCUCACUGAGGAAAUCGAAACGUAUAUAAAUCACAGCAACAGCCCUCUUAGCAGCUAUGCUCCCAGUUUGGAUUUUCAGAACCCUUCAAGCCCUUUGUUUCGCUCGCCCUCAUUCACUCAUACGUCCUCACUGUCCUCAACUCUGUCCCGCUCCAACACGCACCUCUCACUGCCGGUCAGAUCUAAGGAGAGGCUAAGGCCGUCGCCUUCUCUUCCUUUGGGGAUGUGUAACAAAGACAAGGAGAGGCCCUCCUCCUUGAUUUUACCAUCAUCACCGACUCCCUCCGCCUCAUCCUUCUCCAUGGACUCGCUGCUGACCCCGACUCUGGACAUCUUCAAGAGCAGCGUCAUAUCAGCAGGGAAGGGCGUGGCUGAGAAGGCUAGUCGCCUCUACUCUCGUCUGUCCUCCCAGACUUCGUUAACGCAGGAUGCGAACUGUGAUCGAAUGAGCGUUUCCUCGCUGACCUCAGCAGACACAGAGUGUUCUUCGCUGCUCGAUAAUGACUCCUGUCUGGACCCACUCGGCUUCACUUCCCCUCAGCACUGCAGCACGACCCGGGUCAGGAGGAGUCCUGUCGCGUCUCACCAAACGAACCUGGGCAGUCCAAGCAGCCCCAACAGAGUGUUCAGACACAACUCGUUUUCUGGUGGUCUGGCUCUUCCGUCUAGAGUUCCUCACACUCCGGAUUCCUCCCCAGAUGUCAGCCGCUUCCAGCCCUCUCCUAAUUACAUCAUAGAGGUGCUUAUGUCCAGCUGUUCAAUUUGUAAGACGUGUGACUGCAUGGUGUAUGAUGAAGAGAUCAUGGCAGGAUGGACAGCAAACGACUCAAACCUCAACAGUACCUGUCCAUUCUGUGGCACAGCCUUCCUGCCUUUCCUCAAUGUGGAAAUCAAAGAUCUCAGACCACAAAAUAGGUCUUCUAAGAGAAGUAAUCCCGUUAAAGAGGAGGACAUGUCUGCACCGCUCAGUCCUGAGGACAACAUGUCUGAUGCUGCAGCUCAGCCAUCUGCAGCUCCGGCUCAGAAGCAGGACAGCAUCUGGAGCUCUGGCACAUCUCCACCAGCCUCUGAUCCAGUGACGGUGCCGUACCUGAGCCCUUUGGUUCUGUGGAAGGAGCUGGAGAGCCUGCUGGUAAACGAGGGCGACCAGGCCCUCUCCUCCCCAAGUGUUGUUGACCAACACCCUAUUGUCUUCUGGAACCUGGUGUGGUACUUUAAAAGGCUGGAGCUACCAAGUAACCUGCCAGCUUUAAUCCUGGCCUCCCAACACUGCAGCCAUGGAGACCAGACUCCCCCGAUCGUUUCCUCAGAGGACAGCAAACAGGUGCUCGUGAGGAUCAUGUGGGACAACUUGAAGUUGCACAAAGACAAAGUCCAACCCUGCUAUGUCCUAUGGAAUGCUCACUGUGCCAACUCCUUGAUCCGAUCUGGGCUGUGUGAAGAAGGCCAGCUCUUCACCGUGGAGCUGCUGCAGGGCUUCGUGAGGAGCAUCAAGAAAAGUGAUGUUCAUCAGCCCAUGAGCCAGAUCAUCCAGCUGCUUGGGCCUGAGUUGGGCUUCAAGAGACAGAGGAGCCUCUACAGAGAUUUACUGUUUCUGACUCUUGUGGCUUUGGGGAGAAAUAACAUUAAUAUCAAUGCUUUUGAUCGGGAGUACCGGUUGGCCUAUGACCGCCUCACGCCCAGCCAGGUUAAACUGACACAUAACUGUGACAGGCCCCCGGGGGCUGGGGUCAUGGAGUGCAGGAGGACUUUUGGAGAGCCCAGUUUGUGAACUCUUACUUUUAUUAGAUUUUCACUGCUGCUGGGAUGUUGGACUGCUCUUCAGACUCAGGACCAGCUCAACAGUCUUGGACAUGGAGCUCCUUAAGCAAGCACAAUAGGGAAAGAAAAAUUCCACUUCAAUGCAAAGCAACUGCCAUGAGUUUCUUGUGCUGUUAGAGCUGAGAGGUAUGAAGUCACAGACCUUGUGUUCAUAUUUUCAAUACACAUCUAUUAAAAUGUUUGUACAGUUAUUAUACGGUAUGUUUUAUGCUUUUCUUUCUGUUGAAACUGUGAAUAAUUAUGUAAAAGUGAAUCAUGUUAAAACUUCUCAGUGGUCCUGGUGACCUAAUUAGGACUGUUGUUGAUGUGUGUGUGCAUGUGGGUGUACGUGCGUGCAUGUGGGUGUACGUGCAUUUGCACAUACGUGCACACAUGUAUGUGUGUGUGGGGGUGGAUGGAUAUUUUUUAAAGAGGCACUUUGUCAGGAUGAGCUUUUAUUUCUCAGUUACAUAACCAAGUGGCUGACAGGAAAAACUCUUUCUAUUCACGAUUGAAAAAAAUGCUUUUAACAAAACCAAAUGAGUUUCUGCUAAUGUGCAUCCUGCCUAUCUCACAUACUACCUGAAUACACAAAAUCAGUUGGUAACACUGCAUUAAAAAAGAUCCACUUCUUGUUUCCUGACCAAAAAGAAAGUAAUCAGUUAAUGUACAUUACAGUGUUUGCUAAUUCAUCUUUUCUUAAGAUACCAAAACAACCCAGUAGAUAAUAUUAUAUCAUUUAUUUACAGUUUUUAAAAAGCCUUUUUUAAUGAAAAAAGUGAUUUAUAUAAUGUCAGACCACCGAAACCAGAUAUCAUUAAAACAGUAUAAUCCAAGCUAAGAGUUUUUUUUUUUUAUUAUUAUUUCAUUUUUACUGACACAACUGUGGAUCCCUAAAGAUGUACAAAGCCUUUGCUUUUGUUUAUUUAGAUUUUUGGCUUUCACUGUAAAGCGUGGUUUUAGAUAUUUGGAAGGGAAAAACUUUUAGGUAAUAGCAGUUUCGUUUAAAAACAUGAAAUAUAAACAUCAAAGCUCUGACCUGCCUAAGAACACAAACACGUUAGCACUGAGUGUGAUGUGUCCCUGUUUUAUUGUUGUCUUUUGCUACAAACUGACAAAAAUAAUUGAUAAAAUUCCAUAUCUGCUUGUUACAAUCAAUCACUUCUGAUGAUGAAAUGCUGGAUUACGUAAAGCAUCACAUGAAAACAAGUGUCUGAAAACCACUGAUGACCAAAAUUUAAUUGUGUGUCUUUGUGUCGUUUACACUAAUUGUCAAGCUCAACAGUGUUUCCUAUGUAUUAUUUAUCAUUUGUAACAGAGAUGCUAAUUUGUAUGAUUUUUACAUGAAAAAAAGAAACAAAUUUCUUCCCUGGUUGGAUCUAUAAUUUGCCUUCAUUUUUGAAUAAACACAUUUAUCUUGUGGA